AUGAAACUACAGAAGAUCUCUAGCCAUAGGGCCUGGGCCGUCCCCAGCCCAAUUAUAAUGGGCCCAUUUGCGCCUGGCGCUACAACAGUCAAUGUGCAGCCUCCUAGUGAGAAAGUUUGUUCAAUUGAGCUACUUACCACAGCCUUAAGUGCUAGAGCACCUAAAACACCUCCUAAACAUUGUGCCAAUAUGUACACAAAAGCCCUAGACAUGGAAAUUAUUCCGACUAGGCCGGCCGAAAAGGAGAUAAUCGGGUUUAUGUGGCCGCCGGAAAUCGGGUGGACCGCCAAUAGGAGAAUCGAGAUUAUGAUUGCCGCCAAUGCCGAAAGUAUGAGGUUCGGCAUUUUGACGUCUGACUCGAUUGUCGAGAUCACGAUUGUGUCGAGCAUGAAUACGAGAACUGCCGUGCCCAGAAGCUCUGAACUCCAAUUUCGUACCCUGCAAACGUAA